AUGUCGGUCAUCUCUACGGCGAUUACGGACCUCUUCAACAUCAAACAUCCUGUCCUACUAGCCGGGAUGAAUGUUGCUGCAGGUCCUGAGCUCGCGGCUGCGGUCACUAAUGCAGGAGGUCUCGGUGUCAUCGGAGGGGUCGGUUACACUCCGAAGAUCCUGCGCGCGCAGAUCCACGCCCUCAAGGCAGAUCUGCAAGACAAGAAUGCACCCUUCGGCGUCGAUUUACUGAUCCCGCAAGUCGGUGGUUCUGCCCGGAAGACAAACUACGACUACACGAAGGGACAGCUCCCAGAGCUCAUCGACGUCAUCAUCGAGGAGAAGGCCGCGCUGUUCGUGUGCGCCAUCGGGAUACCCCCAUCAUGGGCCGUCGAGAAGAUGCACAAAGCCGGCAUCCCAGUGAUGAACAUGGUCGGUCACCCGAAGCACGUCGCGAAGGCGCUCUCCGCCGGCGUCGACCUCAUCUGCGCCCAGGGCGGCGAGGGCGGCGGACACACGGGCGACGUGCCCUGCUCCAUCCUCAUCCCCGCCUGCGUCGACGCCUGCAAGGGCCACUCUUCGCCCCUCACCGGCAAGCCCGUGUACGUCAUCGGCGCCGGCGCGGUUUUCGACGGGCGUUCGCUCGCCGCGAAUCUCAUGUGGGGCGCGCAGGGCGUGUGGGUCGGCACGCGCUUCGUCGCGAGCGUCGAGGCGGGCGCACCGAAGGCGCACAAGGACGCGAUCGUCCGUUCGGGCUACGAUGACACCGCCCGCACGCUGAUCUACACCGGGCGCCCGCUGCGUGUCGUGCGGACGCCGUACAUCGACGACUGGAACAACAACCGACAGGCGGAGAUCAAGGAGCUGACCUCGAAGGGCAUCCUGCCGCACGACGAGGAGAUGCGGAAGCACCCGGAGAAGUCGCUCGAGGCGCGGAGCUUCCUCACGGGAGCGGUGGCUUCUAUGAUCCAGGACGUCCUGCCCGCGAAGGAGAUCGUGGAGAGCAUGGUCAACGACGCGGCGAAAUACAUGCAGGCGGGCGCUGCGCUGGUGACGGUGAGGGCGAAGCUGACAUGCGUGGCCAAUUCUAUUGCGCACUCACGUGUAUGCCGCCUGUUCAAGCGGGCUGGGGCGUUUCUCCUCCGGGAAUACUACCAUGGAAUCUGCCAUUUAAUGGAAGCAAGUGAAGUGCCGUCCAAAAGCUACAGGUCACAGAUACGCCCUCUCCCUUCCUCUGCAGAUAUUAUCCGCUUUUCUGAUCAGGUCGACUUUCACGUGCGGCAGGCAAUCCUCGCGGAGGCGUCUGCCUGUGAACACCAAGCCUCGAUGAAUAUGUGCCCGAGCUCGAUGAGAUCUCGGGCAGCGCGUAUCACUGCAUCCUCGACUGACAUGGCAAGACGGCCAAGGGCUUCAUAUAAUCUCAAAUGCCUUAGACACAGGCUUGCAAUUGGCUGUGGUUUCGUUGCGGUUUGCGCUAAAGUGUUGAAAGACACCCCAACUUGCCGCAGAUUUGCCCUUGAGGAUCUGAGGAGCUUCGCGGACUCGAAUGCCGCCCCGGUGGAUAUGGCUACUCCCGUAUGGAACUGGAAAUAA